AUGCCUGCCCCCUGAUCUCUUUGUGUGUGUGUGCGCGCGCGGGGUGUAGUGCGAGAGAGCGAGGAGACGGCGUCGUGUGCGCACACUGCCAGAUUAACAAAAUACGCAUAUCCAUUUAAAUGAUCCGGACCCCGUCCUCUCAAGAGUAAUUGAUUGAGAGCCCAACUAAGACACGGAGUCAUUGUUUUGGAAGCGGGGGAAUCAAGUUACAGGGGACCCUGGCCCGCACGGAGCACCACACCGAUAAAACUACUUUAUUUAGUUAGCUAACUCUUUAGCUAACUAAAUCUAAAGUUUUGUUUUAAUAACUCUCCACCAUGUCUGGAAGCGAAGACGACAGGGAUGAUUUCGGAGCCCCCGAUGAUCGGCUACUACACGACGACGACGAGGAGCUCUCGGAGACCGAGACGCCCAAAGUGAAGAAGAAGAAGAAGGCCAAGAAGAGCCGCGAGAGCAAGAGCAGCAAGCGCCGGUCGCGCCGUGAGGAGCUGGCCAUCAGCUCCCCGGAGCCCAUGGAGGUGGCGGGGGGGCGCGGCGAGGAGGGCCCCGAGGGCGAGGCCGCCGCCCAGCGCUCGGACAGCGAGGGCAGCAGCUACACGCCCGGACGCAAGAAGAAGAAGAGGGGCAGCAGCGGUAAGGAGAAGAAGAGGAGCAGCACGGGGGGCUCGUCCUCCUCCAAGAGGAAGGACCCCGAGCCAGAGCCCGAGGAGGAGGAGGAUGACGACGACGACGACGACAGCUCGGAGCCCAAGACGUCGUCCCAGCUGCUGGACGACUGGGGCAUGGAGGACAUCGACCACCUGUUCAGCGAGGAGGACUACCGCUCCCUCACCAACUACAAGGCCUUCAGCCAGUUCGUCAGGCCGCUCAUCGCCGCUAAGAACCCUAAGAUCGCCGUGUCUAAGAUGAUGAUGGUCCUGGGGGCCAAGUGGCGCGAGUUCAGCACCAACAACCCCCUGAGGGGCGCCGCCGCCGCCAACGCCGCGCUGGCCACCGCCAGCGUGCCCGCCGCCGUGGACACCAUGGUGUCGGAGGCCGCGCCCCCCUCGCCGCCGCCGCCCCCGCCGCCGCCCCCGCCCCCCGUCGAGCCCACGCCCGCGCCCGUGGUCCCGCUCCGCAAGGCCAAGACCAAGGAGGGCAAAGGUCCCAACGCCCGCAAGAAGUCCAAGCCCACCGCCAAGCCCGCCGAGAAGAAGAACGUGGCCAAGACCAAGAAGGUGGCCCCCCUCAAGAUCAAGCUGGGGGGCUUCAACAGCAAGAGGAAGAGGUCCUCGAGCGAGGAGGAGGAGCCUGACGUGGAGAGCGACUUCGAUGAGACCAGUAUGAACAGCGUGUCGGAAGGCUCCAGCAGCCGGACCUCGCGCUCCAAGAAGAAGACCCCCAAGAGCAAACCAAAGAAGAAGAAAGAAGCGGAGGAGGGCGACGGCUACGAGACGGACCACCAGGACUACUGCGAGGUGUGCCAGCAGGGUGGCGAGAUCAUCCUGUGUGACACGUGUCCCCGGGCGUACCACAUGGUCUGCCUGGACCCCGACAUGGAGAAGGCCCCCGAGGGAACCUGGAGCUGCCCGCACUGCGAGAAGGAAGGCAUCCAGUGGGAGGCGCGGGAGAACCCGUCAGAGGGCGAGGAGGAGGUGGAGGCGGAGGUGGAGGUGGGGGAGGCGGAGGAGGACGACCACCACAUGGAGUUCUGCCGGGUGUGUAAGGACGGCGGGGAGCUGCUGUGCUGCGACUCCUGCCCCUCGUCCUACCACAUCCACUGCCUCAACCCCCCGCUGCCGGAGAUCCCCAACGGGGAGUGGAUCUGCCCCCGCUGCACGUGUCCGGCCAUGAAGGGCAAGGUGCAGAAGAUCCUCACGUGGCGCUGGAGCGACCCCCCUCCCCCCACGCCAGUGCCCCGCCCCCCCGACCUGGCGGCCGAUGCCCCCGACCCCGCCCCCCUCGCCGGGCGCCCUGACCGGGAGUUCUUCGCCAAAUGGUCCAACAUGUCCUACUGGCACUGCUCCUGGGUCUCCGAGCUGCAGCUGGAGCUGCACUGCCAGGUGAUGUUCAGGAACUACCAGAGGAAGAACGACAUGGACGACCCCCCGCCCAUCGACGCCGGCGGAGAGGGGGAGGAGGAGAAGAGCUCCAAGAGGAAGAAGAAGGACCCCCUGUACGCCCAGAUGGAGGAGAAGUACUACCGCUUCGGCAUCAAGAUGGAGUGGCUGAUGGUGCACCGGAUCCUCAACCACAGUGUGGACAGGAAGAACAACGUGCACUACCUGAUCAAGUGGCGUGACCUGACGUACGACCAGGCCACCUGGGAGUCGGAGGACAUGGACGUCUCUGAGUACGACGUCUACAAAGUGCAGUACUGGAACCACAGAGAGCUGAUGAUGGGAGACGAGGGCCGACCAGGGAAGAAGAUCAAGCUGAAGGGGAAGCCGAAGCGCGUGGACCGCCCUCCGGAUAACCCCGUGGUCGACCCGACCAUCAAGUUUGAGCGGCAGCCGGACUACCUGGACAGCACGGGGGGGAACCUGCACCCCUACCAGCUGGAGGGGCUGAACUGGCUCAGGUUCUCCUGGGCCCAGGGCACCGACACCAUCCUGGCCGACGAGAUGGGCCUGGGCAAGACGGUCCAGACCGCCGUCUUCCUCUACUCCCUCUACAAAGAGGGUCACUCCAAAGGCCCCUUCCUGGUGAGCGCCCCCCUCUCCACCAUCAUCAACUGGGAGCGGGAGUUUGAGAUGUGGGCGCCGGACAUGUACGUGGUGACCUACGUGGGGGACAAGGACAGCCGCGCCGUCAUCAGGGAGAACGAGUUCUCCUUCGAGGACAACGCCAUCCGCGGCGGCAAGAAGGCCUCCAAGAUGAAGAAAGACUCGACGGUGAAGUUCCACGUGCUGCUGACGUCCUACGAGCUGAUCACCAUCGACACGGCGGUGCUGGGCUCCAUCGACUGGGCCUGCCUGGUGGUGGACGAGGCCCACCGGCUGAAGAACAACCAGUCCAAGUUCUUCCGGAUCCUGAACAACUACCCCCUGCAGCACAAGCUGCUCCUCACGGGGACUCCUCUGCAGAACAACCUGGAGGAGCUGUUCCACCUGCUCAACUUCCUCACGCCCGAGAGAUUCAGCAACCUGGAGGGCUUCCUGGAGGAGUUUGCGGACAUCGCCAAGGAGGACCAGAUCAAGAAGCUCCACGACAUGCUGGGGCCCCACAUGCUGCGGCGGCUGAAGGCCGACGUCUUCAAACACAUGCCCUCCAAGACGGAGCUCAUCGUCAGGGUGGAGCUCAGCCCCAUGCAGAAGAAAUACUACAAGUUCAUCCUGACCAGGAACUUCGACGCCCUGAACACCCGCGGGGGCGGGAACCAGGUGUCCCUCCUCAACGUGGUCAUGGACCUCAAGAAGUGCUGCAACCACCCCUACCUCUUCCCCGUCGCCGCAAUGGAAGCUCCAAAGUUGCCCAAUGGGAUGUACGAUGGCGGCUCGCUCACAAAGGCUGCUGGGAAACUCACGCUGCUGCAGAAGAUGAUGAGGAAGCUGAAGGACAACGGCCACAGAGUGCUCAUCUUCUCCCAGAUGACCAAGAUGCUGGACCUGCUGGAGGACUUCCUGGAGAACGAGGGCUACAAGUACGAGAGGAUCGACGGGGGCAUCACCGGGGGCAUGAGGCAGGAGGCCAUCGACCGCUUCAACGCCCCUGGAGCCCCCCAGUUUGCCUUCCUGCUGUCCACCCGGGCGGGCGGUCUGGGCAUCAACCUGGCCACGGCCGACACCGUGGUCAUCUACGACUCGGACUGGAACCCCCACAACGACAUCCAGGCGUUCAGCCGAGCUCACCGGAUCGGGCAGAACAAGAAGGUGAUGAUCUACCGCUUCGUCACCAAGGCCUCUGUGGAGGAGAGGAUCACUCAGGUGGCUAAGAAGAAGAUGAUGCUGACCCAUCUGGUGGUGCGGCCCGGCCUGGGGUCCAAGACGGGCUCCAUGUCCAAGCAGGAGCUGGACGACAUCCUCAAGUUCGGCACGGAGGAGCUCUUCAAGGACGAGAUCGCCUCGAUGGCAGGCAAGCAUGGCGGCGUGGACAGGGAGGAGGACAGCAGUGUGAUCCACUACGACGACAAGGCCAUCGACCGCCUGCUGGACCGCAACCAGAGCGCCACGGAGGACACGGAGGUCCAGAGCAUGAACGAGUACCUGAGCUCCUUCAAGGUGGCGCAGUACGUGGUCAAGGACGAGGACGAGGCGGAGGAGGAGGUGCAGAGGGAGAUCAUCAAGCAGGAGGAGAGCGUGGACCCGGACUACUGGGAGAAGCUGCUGCGCCACCACUACGAGCAGCAGCAGGAGGACCUGGCCCGCAACCUGGGCAAGGGCAAGAGGAUCCGCAAGCAGGUCAACUACAACGACGGCUCCCAGGAGGACCGAGGUGGGAACCGCAGACACACACCGGAUUGGCAGGACGACCAGUCGGACGGCCAAUCAGAUUACUCCGUGGCGUCGGAGGAAGGAGACGAGGACUUUGAUGAGCGGACAGAAGCCAACUCCCGCAGGCCGAACAGGAAGGGCCUGAGGGGCGAUAAAGACAAACCACUGCCCCCCCUGCUGGCCAGGGUGGGCGGCAACAUCGAGGUGCUGGGCUUCAACUCGCGGCAGCGGAAGGCGUUCCUGAACGCGGUGAUGCGCUACGGCAUGCCCCCCCAGGACGCCUUCACCACCCAGUGGCUCGUACGCGACCUCAGGGGCAAGUCUGAGAAGGAGUUCAAGUAAGGACCGCCUCCAACCGGUUU